AUGUCUCAUGACAAUCGGAACGGUCGGAAGCGCGGCUACGAAGAUAAUUCGAAGACCGACCAUCACGCCCCGAAACGACGACGAACAGAUCGUAGAGAGGACACGAACAGUGCACCAUCUCCAAUAGGAUUCAAAUAUUUGGAAGACAUUUGUAAAGAGGGAGUCCCAGAAAAUGCUAUUUUAGGCUUAGUUAGUAAAUCUAAGAGGUUCGAGGCGCUGUUGGCUCAAGACGAAAUACGACCCGACUUGUUAAAGCUGGUUAUUCGUGCUUUUCGUUUGCUGUGCUCAAGGAACAACCUCGUGGCCAAAAAUGCAGAAAAAUUGCUUCGGUCCUCCGCCACGGUAAAGUUCUGGACAGGGACAGUUCUUUCCAGUUUUAUCGACGACAUGCCUCACUCUGAUUGCUGGAAAGACGAGAACAGCCGCAUCUGUGUGCUGAAUGAUCUGACGGAGAUUUUUCGUGUCCUCAUUCCAACAUUUGGUGAGAGCUUAGUAAAUAAGCUUCCUUUGGCACAGCUUAUUGUAUCACUGGAUGAACUCAAGGAAAAGAAUCUCAUCCAAGAUAUCGACGAUCUUAAGAAAAAGAUCCAGCACCUGAAAGAAUUGAAAAAUGAAGUAAUUCGGCUUUCAAGGUCUGCACAUGAUCAGGAAUCAGAAGUGGAACCACCGCAAAGUUUCAGAGAAUUAAGCGUCAUCCCUCAGGCGGUAGAUCUUUGUUCCAAACCCUUCCUUCGCAAGAAUAUCACCGAAAGAAAGUACAAUGACUUGGAUCAUUAUCUAGAUGUACAGUUUCGUCUCCUAAGAGAAGACUUCGUUAAACCUCUUCGAGAUGGUAUAAAGCAAUUGACAAAGGAAAACAACUCCUUGGAACCGGGCGCUGAGGAAAAGACCAAACGCAUCAACAAGAUCUCUGUUUACAAGAGGGUCACUGUUCAAUAUCCCGUAUGUAACAGAAAAGGCCUGCUUUACAGAAUCCGGUUUAACUUGAAUCAUUCCAAAGUGAAGAAAGUGAACUGGGAGAGAUCCAAGCGACUUAAGUUUGGUUCUCUAGUGUGCCUUUCUUCAGAUGAUUUUAAGUCACUCGUCUUCGCCACAAUAGAAGAACGAAAUCCUCGAGACCUCAGUGUGGGCGAAUUAGACGUACGUUUUCAAAACGUUGAUAAAGAAGAAAUAGCCGUCUUUGUCAAGGAGAGAGAAGAGUUUGUCAUGAUAGAGUCACCGGCGUAUUUCGAAGCAUACAGACAUGUUUUAGAAGCAAUGAAGAAUAUAAAGCCUGAAGAAUUUCCUUUCCAGAAAUACAUUGUGGAAUGUGUUCAUAAUGUUGAAGCUCCCAAGUAUCAGAGAGAGAGACAAGGAGAACCAAUCUCGUUUGACUUCACCGCUCUUUGUAGACGUUCCUCCGCUAAAAAAUCUAAAACUUCGAAAGCUACCGCUGCACGCCCACAGGAGGGCGAGUCACAAGUCGCAGGCGUAACCAUGACCAAUUCUUCGUGCAGACUGGAAGUUGCAAGGACCGAAGAACCGUCCUUCGAUUGGCCAGACAGUAAGAUCCUUGGCUUCAACGAGUCACAGAUGCGUGCUUUUAAAUUGGCGCUAACCAAAGAGUUCGCAGUCAUCCAAGGACCCCCAGGCACUGGGAAAACUUACGUUGGCUUGAAGAUCGCCCGAGCUUUCUUGGAAAACGCCUCUAUUUGGCAGAACGGCGAGGGGAACUCUCCCAUCCUUAUGGUAUCCUACACUAAUCACGCUCUAGACCAGUUCCUGGAGGGUCUCCUACCAAUGAAAGGUGUUGUUCGUGUCGGUGGCCGCAGUAGAAAUGAAAAAUUAAACAAUUAUUCGUUGGCACAAUGUCUACGACUCGAAAAGUUCAUAACAGAUGUGGCAACUCGCCAAGUUCGAAGAACAGCUAAGAGAGAAAUCGAAGACCACAAAAGGUGCUAUAAGCGUUCCACUUUCCUACUCAAGGCCUCACGAACGGAUAUUUUGUCACUGCAAGAGCUUUAUAACCAGGGUUGUGUCAAGGAAAGACAUUUCCAACAGUUUCGUACCGUGGCCAGAAACCGACCAAUCAAUGAAGAGCUGGUAAGAUGGCUGGACAUAGAAAGGGAAGGAACAACUCAAAGAUCUAGCUCAGAGGAUUACCAUCGACGAAAUGAUUUCCGCAUGGAGUUUGCCACGCCAGGUUUCAUCUUUGACGAUGAUGAAUCUUCAGAGGAGAGCGUAAAAUUGAGUAGCAUAGUCGUCCUGUCCAUGCAAGAUGCUAAAAAUCCGAAUUAUGUUAGGAGAAAUCUCACAAACAACGAGGCAAUGACCAAAAGCCAAGAACAAAAAAUCCGUCAUGUUGAACGGUUGUCGAGGAGAGAUCGCUGGAGGUUGUACAAACUGUGGGUUCAAAGAUUGGAGAUCAUACAAAAAGAACACUUGAAAACGUUUCAAGAAGUAUACGAAGAAGCAUUGUCCCGUGAAGCCGAACUUACUACUGAUAGGGAGUACAGGGUUCUUCGUGAUGCACGUGUUAUUGGCAUGACAACCACUGGUGCUGCCAAAUACCGCCGCAUUCUACAACGGAUUCGCCCCAAAAUCAUUCUGAUUGAAGAAGCUGCUGAAGUGCUAGAGGCUCACACAAUUACGUCGCUGACACAAGGCUGUCAGCACUUGAUUUUGAUUGGAGAUCAUCAGCAACUAAGACCUAAACCACAAGUCUAUGACCUCGCUAAGAAUUACAAUCUGGAUGUGUCACUGUUCGAGAGAAUGGUUAAAGUCGGUCUUCACUGCGAGACUCUCAAUAUACAGCAUCGUAUGAGACCUGAAAUUGCCGCCUUGAUGAAACAUAUUUAUGACGAUCUCCAGAACCACGAAUCGGUAACGAAAUACGAAGACAUCAAAGGCAUCAAGAAGAACAUGUUCUUUAUCAACCACAGUCAUUUAGAGAAUCCUUGUGAAGACUCACACAGCCAUGUGAACAAACACGAAGCCACGUUUUUAGUCGCAUUGUGCUAUUAUUUAGUACAGCAAGGGUAUGCAGCCAAUCAGAUUACCCUUUUGACAACUUACACGGGGCAGAUGUUUGCCAUCAGAGACUGCCUCCUCGAGAGAAAUAGUCAAGAACUCAAACAUGUGUGUCUGAAGACGGUCGACAACUUUCAAGGCCAAGAGAAUGACAUCAUUCUUCUCUCGCUCGUACGCAGCAACAAGGAUGGAAAUGCUGGAUUCUUGAAAAUCGUAAAUCGCGCAUGCGUGGCUCUAUCCCGUGCCAGAAAGGGUUUUUAUUGUAUUGGAAAUUUUGCCCUUCUCUCGGAGGCAGGUGAGAUAUGGAAAAAAAUUGUGAACGACUUGGAGAAGAGUGGUAACAUUGGCAACGGACUGCCCCUUUUGUGCCAAACUCAUCGAGAAGAAAAUACAGCCGAAACAGCCGAAGAUUUCAGCGAGAAGGCUCCUUCCGGGGGAUGUCUGAGGUCAUGCAUGGUGCGUCUGAAUUGUGGUCAUGUAUGUAAACAACAGUGUCAUCCACGUGACACUAACCAUGAGAAUUACAUCUGUGAUGAACCUUGCGGAAGGACCCUCAAAGGGUGUGGUCACCCGUGCUUAAAUCCUUGUAAAGAUCCUUGUAUGAAGUACUGUUGGGAACUGGUAGACAAAGUUUUACCAAUGUGUGGUCACGUUGUAAAGAAUACAGCAUGUGGUACCAACGUAAAAGAACUGGAAUGCCAAGAAAGGUGUGAUAAAACCCUCUCCUGUGGCCAUCGUUGCCAAGCCCACUGUUCGCAGCCUUGCACCACCAAAUGCAAGGAGCUCAAGAAAAUAUCGAAGGGGGACUGGCCAUGCGGACAUGAAGUCACUAUUGCUUGCUGGGCCACUCCAUCAGAUUGUACAGCGCCAUGUGGUGGCAACUUGGAAUGCGGUCACGAGUGCUCCGGGAAGUGUGGCGAUUGUCGUUUGGGACGACUUCACAAGGGCUGUGAAGAGGAAUGUAAACGCAGUCUAGUGUGUUCUCACGUCUGCAAGGAGCGAUGCAGCAUCCCGUGCCCACCGUGUCCUAGGACCUGCGAAAUUAGCUGCGGGGACAGUAAAUGUGGUAGAGCGUGCGGAGAGCUGUGCUUGCCAUGUCGUUAUCCGUGCUCGUGGGAAUGUCAACAUCACAAGUGUUACAAGCAGUGUCACGAAGUAUGCGAAAGACGGAGAUGUGACGUGCCAUGCAAGAAAAUCUUGUCAUGCUAUCACGUAUGUCGCGGUUUGAUGUGCGAGAAGGAGUGCAUUUGUGUCGUGUGCAUGAAAAAUGACGACGCAUCUAAAAUUACAGACAUAUUCCUCGGUGGCGAGGACGAGGUAGAUGCCCGGUUUAUCAGGCUCCCAGACUGCCAACACAUCUUCGCAGUGUCUGAUCUUGAUAGAUACAUGGAUAUGUCACAAGAUGAAGCGACUGGAUCUCACGUGAUACAAACAAAAGUGUGUCCACGCUGUUUGGUUCCAAUCCGCACGUGCCUGCGAUACAGUGCCAUUAUCAAGCAGCAGAUUCACGACAUACAGAAGGUGAAGAUAGCAAUGUGGAAUAUAUCAAAAACGGCGAGUCAUGACUUGCAGAAGAAAAAGUCUGACCUUGAACAGCGUCUGGAAAGUUUGGAAACAAAGUUAAGAGGUGAAAGACAGAAACAAUCGUUGAUAACACUGAGGAAGUCUGUUGCUGGGCUGCUGAAAUAUGAUGAUCAACUCAUGGUUUCUAUCAAAGAAAAUGAAGUAAAGAUUGCACUCAUAGAGAACCAAGUGACUCUGAUGGAGCGGUUAUGUUUCAUGCGCGCCAAAAUAAAGAAGAACCUCGGUAAGAUCCCGAUGGAGACCUGCAAAGAGAAUAGCCUAGAAAGUGAUCACGUGAAAAAUGAGCUGAGCUAUCUCGAAAAGCGUUUCAUGUCCUUCAGAGUAACGCACAGAGAACUACAAGACAUCAACACAGAAUUCUCCAGACUCAAUCUCCAACUCGAAUUCUGUUUACUGAGUCAUGAUGUCAAGAGCCUGGAACUAAAGCUAGAUGAAAGUUGCGAAGAGAUGUUCACUGCAGUAAAGGAGCAGUUGUCCAGCGGUAAACGCAUAAUAGACGAGCGCCUGGAAAAACUGAUGAAAAACAUUGAAACGAUAAGGAGGACCGAGCCUGCUCUUAACCCGUUGACUCCAGAAGAAAAGAGGCAGAUUGUGAAAGCAAUUGGUCUGUCUAAGGGUCAUUGGUUCAAAUGUCCCCGUGGACAUGUCUAUGCAAUUGGUGAGUGCGGCGGCGCCAUGGAGACAAGCAAAUGUCCUGAAUGCAAAGCUGUGAUUGGUGGAACAAGCCACAAACUGGUGGAGGGAAACCAACUGGCUUCUGAGAUGGAUAAUGCGCGGUACCCGGCCUGGUCUGAACAAGCAAACUUAGCUAACUAUGAAAACUUAGAUGAAAUAGUGUAACUUUUUUAUGUUGAUAGAGCUCAUUGAGCUUCAGUUUGGCUCGAAGAAAAUCACGUUUUUCAUAAUAUCCAUUCAGAAAGGUGAAAAAAAAGCUAGAAGCCGGUGGGAACGCAAAUUAAAAGCGCGUAAAAACGAGAGUGACUACGUACUGACAGAUUUUAGUUUUGGAUUUAGUUGGUUAAGAAUUUGGCUCGAUUUUUCUUAAGCACUCAAAGAGCCAAGUGAGGCAAAAGCAAUGUAGUCCCAGAUCGUAUCUGACACUCAACUGACAUUGCAUCAAGAUGAAUCAUCCAUAAAAUUUAUAUUUAUAUUACUUUUGAUAGUGAGAGGCAAAUUAAUGUUUUUUACGAACGUUCAUGUUUCAGAAAAAUAUAUUUUUGGGGUAACUUGGGUGGAAUAUUUUACGACCUGAUUCUAAAGUUCAUCUGAUUUUGACAAAUAUAACAAACCUUGAUAGGACUUACGUGCAACAGUGUUUUAUUACAAUAGUCAAGUCACAGUAAUUUAAAGAUAAGAGCUCAGACACGAAUAGUCCAUAGAACUCAUUAUUAGAAGAAAAAUAUGAAAUAUGAUAGACAGUUAUAACAGUGGCGUGGCC